AUGUCUGCAUACGGUGUCAUCGCCGCGACCAAUCGCUCUGGCCCCCUUGCCUCCACGCAAUGGGGUCUCGCAUCCAAGCCAGAGUCAACCUAUUCUGCGAGUACCCUGACGAUCCACCACACUACCCUGGCUUCUGCACAGGCCGUGCCGGGACUGGUUUCUUAUCUGCGCAAGGUGUUCGCCGACGAACUCGAGCGCGGUAUGACAUACCCGCAGGAGAUCCUGUCUGGCCAGGACUAUUCCCAGGACAUGUUCGAGGCGUACUACUUUGCUGCAGACGUGUUGAUUGCAGUGCUGGAUAACGAAGACCCUUCCAGAUCUCAGGACGAGUUCACCCAAACAAGUGAUGGAAGUGCUAUAGAAGGUGGGAUCGAGCAGGCGAUCAAGGGCCGGGGCUUGGAAGAGUGCAUCGCAGGUUGCUACUAUAUUUGCAAUGCCGGUUUCCUUGUGCCGCCUUCACAGCGGGGGAAAGGCAUCGGUGCGGCGCUCGCCCGAUCCUUCCUGUACUACGCGCCACGGCUGGGGUACGAAGCGAGCGUGUUCAAUCUCGUCUACGUCAACAACGUCGCCAGCGUUCGGCUCUGGGAGGCUCUCAACUUCACGAAGGCAGGGCGUAUACCGCGCGCUGGGCGACUGAAAAAGGCUGAUGGCUCUGGAGAAGAGUUUGUGGACGCAUGGGUAUUCUAUCGCCGGUUCGAUCCAGUUCAAUAG